AUGGCGUUGAUAUCAAACUUCCCGCACAAUCGGAAGCGGACGUUGUAUGUUGGCGGCUUCAGCGAAGAAGUUACUGAAAAGAUUUUGAUGGGCGCUUUUGUGCCGUUUGGCGAGAUCAUUGCCAUCUCGAUCCCGUUGGAUUAUGAAUCUGGGCUAAAUCGCGGUUUCGGAUUCGUCGAGUUCGAGCUGGCCGAAGAUGCCGCAGCCGCCAUCGACAAUAUGAAUGAGAGUGAACUUUUUGGUCGAACGAUUCGUUGCAACUUUGCAAGACCACCGAAGCCAAGCGAGCGCUCCUCGAGACCCGUCUGGGCCGACGACGAAUGGCUGCGGAGAUACGGGCAGGGCCGAGGAGAGGACACAGAAAACGAGACGGCUGGCGGCGCACCCGGCAUCCCGAAUGCGCCCACGUUCAAGUUGCCCCGUGUGUACCUUGGUAUCAAGAUUGGAAUUAGAUAUAUUGGUCGCAUCGUGAUCGAACUUCGCAGCGAUGUCGUCCCCAGAACUGCUGAGAACUUCAGAUGUUUGUGCACCGGCGAGCGAGGAUAUGGCUAUGACGGCUCUAUCUUCCAUCGUAUCAUCCCCAAGUUCAUGAUCCAGGGCGGCGAUUUCACAAAGGGCGACGGCACCGGCGGGAAGUCGAUCUAUGGCCAAAAAUUCCCUGAUGAGAAUUUCAUGCUGAAACACACGAUGCCGGGCACGCUGUCGAUGGCCAACUGUGGAAAGGACACAAACGGCUCCCAGUUCUUCAUCACCACCGAGAAGACCGACUGGCUGGACAAUAAGCACGUCGUGUUCGGCUAUGUCAUCGAGGGCAUGAAUAUCGUGAGACAGAUCGAGCAACAGGGCAGCCCUACAGGAAAGCCGAACAUGGCCGUGAAGGUGGUGGAAUGCGGCGAAUUGACCUCCGGAAAAGCCGCGCCAACCCAACCCGACGACGAGAAGGUGCUCGACCCGGUCGCCGCCAAAAUAACCGAACCCGCCGUCGUCGAGCCGAUGGAAACCGAAAUGGGCAAAACUGGUGGAAAUUUGGAACCGCUGCCGUUCGUGCGCAAGUUCGGCGCCUCGGCGCAAGAAAGCGCUGGCGACAGCCAACCACCCUCCGAACCGGGCGAGCCAUUGGAUAUCAAACCCGAUCUCGGCUCCGGCAGCCAUUCGAGGAAACGCUCCCGGUCGCGCUCACGUUCACGCUCAAAAGACCGCGAGCGCAAGAAGCACAAGAAGCGCAGCCGCAGCCGCGAAAAGAAGAGGAAGAGGAGCAGAUCGAGGGAUCGUUCUCGUGAGAGACGUCGCUCGCGCUCCCGCGACAGGCGGCGCAGGACCCCGUCGGAAGACCAGAAGCCGGAUAUGAAGCGCGACUUCAAGCUCUCUACGCCCCCACCAUCUAAUGCUCCAGUCAUCAACCCGUUGCUGCGCGAGGACAUGCUGGAGGCAGCCGCCGAAAAGCCUGAACUGGCCGUGGCCCUGAUCAAGCCAACCCGCGAGCGCAAGUCCCGCUGGUCGACGACGAAGAGCUUCGUGCCCGGCAUGCCGACGAUCCUGCCCACCAACAUGACCGACGAGCAGCGUGAAGCCUAUCUGCUUCAACUGGAAAUCGAGGAGGCGACGCGCAAGUUACGACUCGGAGACUUUAUGGGAGACCCUGGCAAUAGGAGCCCAUCGCCCGAGCCGGUCUACGAUGCUAACGGGAAGAGGCUGAACACGCGUGACGUCCGGAAGCGGCAGGAGAUUGAGGUGCAGCGCCACUGCAGGAUCAACCGUCUGAUGGAGAUCAAUCCGAACUACAAGCCGCCGGCUGAUUAUCGUGCGCCAAACAUCCGCCUCAACGAGCGCGUCUGGAUUCCGCAGGAAGAGCACCCCUCUAUCAACUUUGUCGGUCUGCUGAUUGGCCCACGUGGAAGUACGCUGAAACAGCUCGAGGCCGAGACUGGCUGCAAGAUCAUCAUCAGAGGCAAGGGCUCGGUGAAGGAGGGCAAACUCGCUGGCCGCGUUGGACCGCUCCCCGGAGAAAACGAGCCGCUCCACGCCUUCGUCACCGGCAAUGAUGAGAAGAUUAUCAAGGCGGCUUGCCAACGGGUGGCCUGCAUCAUCGAACAGGCCAUUAUGGGCGGCCCGAUUGGUGGCCCGAACGAUUUGCGUGCUCUGCAGCUUCGCGAGCUGGCCAUGCUGAACGGGACGUUCCGUCCGGAGGAUUUCUUAUCUCAAGAGAAGUGCACCAACUGCGGAUCCGAUGAGCACAAGACCUGGGAAUGCCCGGAUGCUCCUAACAUCACGGCCGCCACGCUGUGUACGGCUUGCGGUGGCGCUGGGCAUCUUGCUCGCGAUUGUCGCAACCCGCGCCCCGGCUGGGAGCACAACUCGGCUGCCGGCAUGGAUGACGAAUAUUCCGCUCUGAUGGCAGAAUUGGAAGGCGGGAAACCGGGCGGUGGUGGCGCGGCUGGCGGCGGGAAACCGAACAGCCUCAUCCCUGGACCUCAGCCAACACAACCGAACCGACCCGGCGGCGGUCCUCAGAGUCUCUUCAACCGACCCGGAGCCCCAUUCGACGGUCCUUCGCGUCCGCCGAUUCACGCCGGACCGUUCGGCCAUCAUUUCCCUGGUGUUGCGAACCGAGGCGGCCCUCCGCCUCCUCCUGGUCAAGGCGGCGGCUACUUCCCGCCUCCGCCUGGAUCAUACGGCGGUGCUCCGCCUCCUCCUCGUCACAAUGGCGACUACUCGGCUAAUGUGGUCGGUUCGCGUGAUCGCGGCUACUUCGGUGGUGGUGGCGGCGGCGGCUACGGUGGUUAUGGAGGACAGAUGCCGAUGCCCGUCCCACCGCCUCCGAUGGGUGGCGUCUCGGCCUUUGCUCCACCUCCUCCACCGCCUCCGGUGCCCCAGCCCGACUUCUCGGCCCUUCUCAAGUCAGCCCCACCGCCUCCGCCCCCAUCU